CUGGCAAGGCGGCCCCGCUGAGGGCACGUCUGAAGAAGCCAGCCGUUGCGUUUUUAACGCGCGCAGGGGAAAAAACAGGCUUCUCAGUCGUAAAAACUUCGUUCUGCAGUCAAAGGUUUACAACCUGGCUCGUAGCACACAAAGCGAGUGUAAAACUGGGUGUUUUACAGUUCAAAGCUAUGCAUGUCUACUUGUAUCAUUUUAUUAUGAGUACUAUGACCAGACAGCUUCUAUGUGAAAUCCUUUAUUGCUGGUGCAAUGAAGUUUAUGGAUUGAUUGCAGCUACAACAUUUAACAUUUGCCAAAUAUUUGUAAAGCUAAGGUCAACAUUUUAUAGGUGUAAUUUGAUGCAUUUUGUGUAUGUCUUGGUAUUUUUUGUAUGAACUUUGAUAACGAUGGUAGCUGUGGAUUCAUUUGUUUUUUUUGUGAUUUGUGUUGCAUGAAAAGUUCGAUUACAUUGAUUUAGCAUCUUACAAAAUUUUAUUAUGAGCAUUAUGAAUGAAAAACUUCUGUGUAAAUCCUUUAUCCAUAUCGCAUUGAAGCUUAUGGAUUACUCACAGCUACAAAAUUUAAUAUAUGUUAAAUACCCAUACAGUUAAGGUUAACACUUAUGCAGAAGGUAUCAAAUUGCACUCAGGUCUUGCUGCUAUGUUAUCAAAUUCAUAAUAGUGGUGAUUGAUGGCUGUGGACUCAACCUAUAGUUUGUGUUGCAUGUAGAAGAGAAAUUAAAUUGGCUUUACUAUCACCAUACAUAUCCAGCCUAAAGAUGUUGGAGGUGAUGAAAAAAGCAGACAUGAUCAAUAAAAACAUGGUUCACCAGGUCCAGGCAGAGAGGGAUGCAUUAGCUCUUAGUAAAAGUCCUUUUGUUGUGCACUUAUACUACUCACUUCAGUCAGCUAAUAAUGUCUAUUUGGUAAUGGAGUACCUUAUUGGUGGAGAUGUCAAAUCUCUUCUCCAUAUUUAUGGCUAUUUUGAUGAAGAAAUGGCUGUGAAGUACAUCUCUGAAGCAGCGUUGGCUCUCGACUAUCUUCACAGACAUGGAAUAAUCCACAGGGAUCUGAAGCCAGACAAUAUGCUCAUUUCUAAUCAGGGCCACAUAAAGCUGACAGAUUUUGGGCUUUCCAGAGUUACUCUGAACAGAGAGAUAAACAUGAUAGAUAUCCUUACUACACCAUCAAUGGCAAAGCCAAAACAUGACUACUCACGUACUCCAGGACAACUGUUGUCUCUUAUCAGCUCUCUGGGUUUUUAUAGUCCUGUUGGAAUGAAAAUGCCAAUCAAUCCCAAUUCAAGUAUUGCAUCUGACAGUCUGCAUGGAGUGGUUUCUCCCCUGUCUAUGGUAGAAAAGGAAAAUACACCUCUUUCAGCUAAACUAUUCAAAACAGGUCUUGAUACUUCUCCAUUAACUCCUGUGAUGCCAGUGAGAAGUUUAACUCCUGCUCUGCUUCAGUCAAGAAAAAGGUUUGGUACCUCCAGUGCCAGUAGUCAGUCACACACAUACUUGUCAAGUGUGGAAUCAGAAUGCUACAGCAGCCCCAGGUGGGAGAAAGGUGUAGAGCAAACUGAAGAUGAACUACUUUCUACAAAAGGCAAAACAAGUGACAGCGAGUCAGAUCUCCUUUCUAAUAUAGAAUUGCUGAAUAGCAAAGAUACUAAAAUUUUUAAGAAAAAAGAAUUGGAGUCUGUUAUUUCUCCCAUCAGCAGCAAUGAUUCUGGCAGCAGGCAGAAGCUCGGAAGUGAGCAUUCUGAUAUAACAGAUACUCCUGUGACCACACUGGAUACAAAAGGCAUAGUAAGAAAAUGUCUUUCUGAAAACAAGAUUUGGGAAGAAAAACUCAUUGCAAGUAGAAGAGAGAUGACUAACGAAGCUGCAGAAACUUCCAAUUACCAACAGUCGCCUUUGUGCCUGAAUGAUCGUAUCAAACCUAUCAAAGAAGAAGAAAUUUUUGAAAAGCCAGGUGUGAAAAGAAGCUUUGAACUAGUUGACACUAGUCCUUGUCAGGAGCUUAACUACGUUAAAAAAAGCAAUGCAGAAUAUAAACGUGGCUGUCAGAUCUUCGAAUUUCCAGCAAACAAAAGGACAGGUUUGACAACAGAAAUUCAAUCUUUAAUGCUUGGUGAUGAUGGGUGCCUGCAGGAGACCUGCAAAAGCAAGGAAGAAGUUCAGAGUUUCAUUGGUGGGCAGCAAAGAGCAGAAAAAUCAGUCAAUCCAAUUAUAGCCAAAAAUCUUAUGUGUGAUCUGGAUGCAAAUCAUGAAAAGGAUAAAAAGGAGUACAUGAACUCGAGUUUUUUAUGCACUGAUGAUGAAAAACUUUUGGGAAUCCUGAGUGCAGAUUCUGACUUAUCCCUUCCUGAAAUGUCUGUUACAGAAAGCCAUUUAGAAAAGCAGCUUUUAGAUUUGGAUAGAAGUGUUAAAGACCUCUCCUUUGAGGAACCAAAAGCAGAAGGCAUGCUAAUAACAUCACCUAACUCCCAAGAUGCUUCAGAAAAUGGAGAGAAAGCAGAUACUGUCCAGGAUUGCAAGAUGUUACAUCUUGAACAGGAUAAUCACCAAAAACACACUGAAGAAACUUACCCUGACACAAUAUCUUCUCCUUCAGAAAAGAUGAUGGAAACACUGAAUCUCUUCAAAAAAAAUGCUGUUGUUUUUCGAAGUUACAAUAGUCCAAUUAACAUCUCCAACGUGUCUGAGCCGUGUAGCAUGGCUUCCUUAGACAUAAUGGAUCUUUCACCGGCUUGUAGUGGCUCCUAUCCAACAGCUAUUACACCGCUGCAGAGAGGAAGACCCUACAGAGUCUAUCAGACACCUCUUCAGGGGGAUGCUGGCACGCCAUUUAGGACCCCAAAGAGUGUUAGAAGAGGAGCUGCCCCAGUAGAAGGUGAACGCAUCCUGGGGACCCCGGACUACUUGGCACCUGAGCUGCUUUUGACAAAGCCUCAUGGUGCUGCUGUAGACUGGUGGGCUCUUGGAGUUUGUCUGUUUGAGUUUCUAACUGGAAUUCCACCUUUUAAUGAUGAAACACCAACACAAGUCUUCCAAAAUAUUUUGAAAAGAGAUAUUCCCUGGCCAGAGGGUGAAGAAAAAUUGUCUGAUAAUGCCCAAAACGCAAUAGAUAUUCUUCUAACAAUUGAUAGUACUAAGAGAGCUGGACUGAAGGAACUGAAACAUCACCCCCUCUUUCAUGGCGUAGACUGGGAUAAUCUACAGAAUCAAACGAUGCCAUUUAUCCCUCAGCCCGAUGAUGAAACUGAUACCUCGUACUUUGAGGCUAGGAAUAACGCUCAGCACCUGACUGUGUCUGGAUUUAGCCUAUAGCAUCAAGAUAAGUGAACUCUCCAUGUUAUUUGCACACUUUCAGAUUGUUCUGUAACACUAGUAUGUUCUUAACCAAGUGUCCUUGACAAAUUUAGAGCGUGUUUUAAGUUACCGGUCUGCUUUUAUUAUUGUAUUCUUUAUUCUGAAGUGAAACUACUGUAUGAAACUUAGCUGCCGCCUUGCUACUUCGUAUGUCACUGCACCUUACUGAGAGGCCAGAGUGUUGUAUUUUUAGGGGUAGUAACACUUGCCUUGGCAAAAAUGGGGGCUUUUUUUAAUAGCGAUGAAUAAUUCUGACUAGGAUGUGGGAAGUUAUUUUACAGUUAAAUGUAGCAGGGAAAGGACAUAAAUUUAUGCUCAUUGUAUCUAAAUGUAACUUACCUGUUGGUGGUUCAUUGUACUGACUGCUUGAGAACAGCCUUCUGAUCACUGUGCAAAACCGUUGUUUCUGUUCACAGUGGACAACUGAAACCUUACUGCAGCAUUGAAAUGUCUUAUUUCCCUGUUUGCCCUACCUCCGGAAGGGUGAAGACCAUGUUGAUCAAAGUUAACUCAGCUAUAUAUAUAUAUGGCACGUGUAGUAAAGAUUGACAGCAGUUCUGCUGGUAAUUAUCCUUCUCUGGAUGAAUGGUGUAGAGGAAGUCAAGCCAAUUCUGUUAGACAAAUGCUGUUUAAGUUGUUGCAUUGUAACCACUGACGCUGUCGGAAGAUGGACAGAAUGGCCUACAUUUUAGCAAUUACUUGUUUUAAAUAGAAAAUGCUGAGUGUUUGGGCAUGUCGGAUGAUAGAAAACAAAAUACACUUGAGUGUUGGCCAACAAGUGAAGUAUUACUCAUACUGAAGCUGCUAUAUGUUAAAGAUUAUAAUGUAUUGCAAAUUAACAGACUGUUUUGUAAACUCACAGCCGGAUCUUAGAUUUCACUAGAAUUUGAGUUACAAAUUUAUAUUCAGUAUUGUGUAUUCUAAUUAGAGGGAAGCUUAUUUAAGUAUAUUUUUAAAAUGUAACACAACUUGCGUUUCCUAAAUCUUAAAGGUUUGUGUGUAGGUAAUUCUGUUUAAAUUAUCUUCUUUAAUAUUUUUCCUGCGUAGGUAUUGCUUUCUCAGCUGACUUUCUGCAGGUUUAUUUUUCAGGUCUGUACUUUUUAAACUAAGAUCAGUGGUGCUAGGUAGUGGUGCUGGCCAGUGGCCAUAUGCCAGAAGCCAAACAUUUUGAAAACUUUUGCUAAGUGACUUCUGAAUUUCAUGAGUUGACCCUUCAUGCAGGUGAGUUAAGUUGUCCCUUCGCUGCCCUGCUUCUUGGAAGACAAGAUUCAGCGAGCAGUGUUUUCUCAGAACUCCAUCAUUAGGCUUUCUGCUUUCCUUUCAGAUAGCUUGGGAAAGGCAUGGGGAUGGCGGGGGGAGUGGAGUUUUUCAGAAGACUUAAGGAGCUAAGUCUUAAUGGCUCAGCGCUUAUCACGCCUAGAGCUGGUGCUUUGCAUAGUGAAGUAGAAUCUUGGAAGGUUGUGUACAACGUACAGUGACUCUCACUCUCUUCGCGAUGGACUUAAGUUUCUGAUGACUUUUAAAUUGUUGAAUCUUACUAAAAGCGAUGUUACAUGAAAAUGUGCAAGGAAUUCAAUGUAAUACAUUACUGUAGCAGGAUCCAUAGGUGACAUUCUUUGAAUGAUCAGAAGUUCAUUAGCUUGCCAUUUUACUGAAAACACAAGUUUUUCCUGUGUAUAGUUGGAAUACAUACAUUGUUAAAACAACAACAAAAAAAAUACCCUUGAUUUAAAUAAUUACUAUGCAAU